CAGGAGCUUAUACGGAGGAUAAAUCUCGGAGGUUCCCGGUCUGAACGAUGUGGAGACGAAGCGAAACAAAAGCAUUCGGCAAAAAGACAGAUCUACAACUUUUGAGAGACAAGUCAUGAAUAAGGUGAAAGACGAGCCACGCGCUUCCGUAGAAGGUGGAUGUGGUGUUGCCGACGGUGACGGCGGCGCAGCUGAGAUCGCCGGUACCGGAUCUGUUGAGAAAUCGAUUAACAAAGUUAGGUCCACGGAGAUCCAAACCUCUGAGCUAACGGUUCUUCCAAGUCAACUUACUAUUUUCUUUGGUGGGAGUGUUACUGUGCUUGAUGGACUUCCAGCAGAAAAGGUUCAAGAAAUCCUCCGUAUUGCUGCCAAAGCAAUGGAGACUAAGAGUUCUACAAGCAUCAGUCCUGUCCAAUCGCCAGCACUGAACAGAGCUCCUUCUUUCUCAAGCACAUCUAAUGUCGCUUCACCAGCUGCACAGCCAUUUCCUAUUCAGCCAAUCUCGUUUUGCAGAUCCGCGGCUGAUCUACCUAUUGCAAGGAGGCAUUCGCUUCAACGAUUCCUUGAGAAAAGAAGGGACAGAUUGGUCAACAAAAACCCUUACCCUACUUCUGACAUCAAAAAGACAGAUGUCUCAACAGGAAAUGUUUCUAUCAAGGAGGAAUUUCCGACUGCUUAGCAGAAGAUCAAACCUCAAGGCUACAAUAAGCUUUUGAGUAAACUAAGUAGAACGUUAUGUCAAUAUGGUUAAUAUGAUAAUCUAUCAUGUACGCUGCUGUGUGUAAUGUGUUGUAUGGUAGUGUUUGUAUAGGUUUGCUAGACAAACCGAAGAUUGUUUCCUUGUCUGGAGUGGUCAGAUAUGUUUGUCAUUUUACAAGUCUACUGAAGAAACUAUUGUAGUUUUAGUACCAGAGUCCUAGAGUCUAUCUAACUAAUGACUCUUUGAUGUUAUGUUAUUGAACUUGGUAUCUCUUCAAGAUACAAUUUGUGUGUAAA